GUCUCAAUCACCAGUCGAUCACACAUGCAGACAUACAUGCAAUUGGCCAUGAACUCAUUCCUCCAAUAACACUGAACCCUCAUGUCAAACCUGAUAAGAACAUCCAUGAACAUCCAAUCAUUCCAAUAGCCCUCCAUCUCCAAAAUUAAAGUAACAAAUAGAAAAGACAGAAUUUAACAUUCCCAAAAACCCUGGUACCUCAGAAAGCAACCCACAAUUGUACAUCAUCUGACAAUAAAGAGGUUUAACCUAACUCCAGUCAACUUCCAAUCUUGGCUCCGCUCAGGCCACCGCUUAAGCCCACCCGAGAAAAUCCAACAGGAUAAGUUCCGACAACAUCCAAACCCUCCAUCGCAACGACCAAAACAUCCAAACACGAACACUCAAUAACCAUGGCACAACCGCACCAUUUAACCCGCUACCACGCGGCACUCCUCUCAACCUCCAAACGCCAAUUAACCACUCUCCGCACCACCCGCUCCACAGUCCCCCAAUGCACUCGCCAACUCCACCAUCAAACCCGACCAGCCCGCCGUCACCCUACUCCAACGCACCUCAUAUCCUCUCCUGUUUCACAACCAACCAGACGGCCAUACCACUCCGAACACCACCCUGACCCCCCGCCUCACGAAUAUACCAACUCCCAAACUACCAUCCUCUCCGCUGCACUCCGCCACGUCCCGACCCACGGCUUCACCCGCGACGCCCUCACCCUCGGCGCCCGCGAUAGCGGCUUCCUGGACGUCUCGGUGCAAUUGCUCCCGCGCGGCGAGUUCGACCUGGUUCUAUUCUGGCUAGCAAGUCGCCGAGGAUUAUUGCGCGCAAGCGUGGACAAUGGACUCUUCGAAAAGGAUGAGCGGGUGAAGGCCGGAUUGAAAUUGUCCGUAGAGGAGAAAACGAAGCUCUUGAUCAUGGAGAGGUUAAGAAUGAACACUGAGAUAAGACAUCAGUGGCAGGAUGCUCUGGCGCUUAUGUCGUUGGCGGGUAAUAUCCCUCUUUCGUUGUCGGAGUUGCAUGCGCUUUCGUCGGAGAUCUUGACUCUCGCUGGUGAUGCUUCGGUUGAUGCGUCGUGGUAUACCAAGCGGUUGUCUGUUGCGGCGAUCUAUGCGUCGUCGGAGGUGGUUAUGACCCGGGAUCAGAGUCCUGGUCUUUCUGAGACGGAGGCGUUCGUUGAGCGGCGUGUUGAGGAUAGCUCUGCUAUUGGGGAGAAACUGACCGGAUUCAAGCAGUGUUUAGGAUUUGUGGGGUCGACGGCUAUAGGGCUGGGCAGGAGCUGGGGAUUGAAGAUCUAAUGGGUGGCCCUGUAUGAUUUGUACUAUUACUACGUCCGGUCUUGGUGGGUGUUUAUAUGUUUCUACUAUGUGAUUGUCUUAAUAUACAGUAUGUCCAUGUUUCCUGGCCACG